ACAGUUCACACUCGGUUCAAGUAGUUAACUAAACCCAAAUAAUAUGUUUAAAGUAUCCCAACAGAAGUGAAUGUAAAACAGCAGGGGUAGAGAUGAGCCAAGUCAGACGUCUUCCACCGGGAUGGGACACCAAAUGCGAACCGAGGACUGGAAAAAGCUAUUUUGUGAAUUAUUUCACAAGACAUGUCACACUGGAGGAUCCGAGGAAUAAGGACCAAGGAGACGGACAAAAUCACCACCAUCACCUUCCACAAAUUCAGGAAAAUGUACGAGGAGGAAGGCACGUGCCGUUUAUGGGAGCAUCGGCCGUACAAUCCAAUACGCAGCACUCGCAACAGAUCAUCCUGGCAGAAACGGUCCAGAAAAUACGGUCCAUGUUUCCCACUGUUCCUGAGACACAUAUAAAAGCACUUCUACUUAAGUAAGUACCCUUCUGAGAUAUAAAUUUACUAUUUUACCACACAUUCUAGCACGUUCUCUUUACUGAACUUAGACGCUUCCAGAUGAU